AUGGAUGAUGUGCAGAAGAAUGAUGACAGUAAGCAUCUAAAGGUGCACUUCGAAUCUGAUAUGGUUAAUUACCGCCGAAAUUCAAGCUUCCCAUCAUCUUCUUCAUCAUCAUCAUCUUCAACUUCAUCGUCACCACGUUCAUCACUGGAAUCAGAUGUUACUGACAAAGCAGAUGUUAAUGGCUCUUUCGAAACUACACAACAUGGCCAGGAGUCUCAGGGUCCUCCGCCAUUACCAGAGGCUUCUUCUUCUCAGACUCUUACUUGGAGCCUGCAAAGUGGAUCAUCAGGACAAUCCUCUCAACUUCAGACGAUGGGGAGGCCUGCAGGAUAUGAUCCAAGUCGAAUCCCAACGUCUAUUUUCGCCAGUAAACCUUCAACAGGCAUGGAUUGGAGUGUUGCUUCAAAUGAAUCAUUGUUUAGCCUUCAUGUGGGGAACAACAGUUUCUCAAGAGAGCAAUUUUCUAUGCUGUAUAAAUCUGGAGAACUGACCUACCCUGAUGAGUUGUUUUACAUUCCAACUCCACUUCCCACAGUUACUGAAGCAGAGACUGUUGAAAUGAAGAUUCACAAUGUGGAGAAUGAGACUGUUGAAAAUAAAGAUCCAUACGUGGAGAAGAAGAGUGUUGAAAAUACGAGUGCAAAUGUGGAUAAAGAGAAGGUUGAAAGCACGAGUGUAAAGGUGGAAAUGGACUCGGUAGAAACAGAAGAAGCUGCAGAUGAAUCUGAAAGGACAGAUUUAAGUGAUAUUCCUGGUCAUCAUGGUAGAAAUAAGGCGCCUCUUAUUGUGGAAAUCAGGGGUUCUGCUACUUCUUACCGUUCUGAUGACAGCAAUCACAGCACCAAGUCAUUCCAAUUUCCACUGUUGGCAGGUCAUGAGGCUGGAAGACAUAGCCCUGCACAGAUGACCUCAGUAAAGCAGCAGCCAGAGCAUCACACACAGCAGGAGAUGCAUAAGCAGGAGGAAAGGCCUGAAACGCCUGAUACACCUGAAACACCCCUAAAGGCUACAGCUCUAUCAUCCAGUUGGUUUUCUUGGUUUUACUGUUGCAUGGUCUGUCGUUGA